ACCAGUUCCUCAAUGGUCGGGCAAAAACACAGCUGGUCUAUGAUCUCCGAAGGAAGCUGACGGUCGAACGCUAUCAAUGUGAUUUUCGUGAAAUUCUUACCGAUCUACCGGUCAGAUCGUGAGGUCAAGGCAAGCGUGCGCGUAAAAUUCGUUCAGUGCUCGGCUCGUAGUGUCAGUGAGUGUGUUUAGAUGUAUACAAAACUCGUUAAUCGCGGUGUCACCACGAGGAUUUUUCACUGCCCUGGAUACAAAGGAGUUUCGUGAGGUGCUUCGAGCGUCCUUUCGGCAACUCGUUCGAAAAUGUCGCCGGCUGAGCCGUAAUUCAACGAUCUUGGUAGAAAGGAAGCCGAGGGCCGCGAAGAAGUGGCGGACAAGGAAGAAAUGGCGUCCACCAGCGGGCACAAGAGGAACGGCUCGAGCUCGAGCAUGUUCACCCACAAACGCACCGAAUCCGGCGGCGGUUUUAUCGGCCACAAACGCUCGGAGAGCGGUCACAAACGCGCCGAGAGCAUAUCCAGUGCCUUUGGCUACAAACGAUCCGAGAGUGGCCACAAGAGGAACGAGAGCAGCGGCGGUGGUUUCGGCCACAAAAGGUCCGAGUCUGGCAGCAAUUACCAUGCCGGACAUCGAAGGAACGAAAGCAUGUACGCUAUGACUGGGCUGUACGCGGAGAGUGCGGCCACGGGAACCGACGAAACCACAGACCCACUGCAGGCAACCGGUAGCAGACUGACUCACGACACCGUCAUCAGGUGUCACAGUAGAAAUCCCAGUUCUGGCCUCGUGGACCAUAGAGAUUUUAUCAUCAAAUGUCACAGCAGGAAUCCCAGUGCUUCCAUGGUGGACAGGACGGAGAAGGAGAGAGCGCAAACUCCGCCGUUUAAUCCGGAUUCGAAGGACUGUGGAAUCCUGAGCUGCCGGCCGGCCUUUAUACAAAAAUUCGCUGGAAUAAAGGUGUUUGUGUUCCUUCUGUCGUUUCUCGUCACGCUGCAGCAAGCACUUAGUUCAGGUUACAUAAAUUCUGUGAUCACGACCAUAGAGAAAAGGUUCGAAAUCCCGUCCAGCCUUUCAGGCGUCAUUGCUAGCUCCUACGAAAUUGGAAAUGUCAUCACCGUCAUCUUCGUCAGCUAUCUUGGUAGCCGAAGACAUAUACCUGUUUGGAUAGCUAUUGGCGCCGUCAUAAUGGGACUGGGAUCGAUGAUCUUUAUGGUACCACACUUCACAGCCGAACCCAAUUUAAUGACGGCUGCAAACAAUUCUAGCUCGGACAACAUUUGUCGCGGUGUUUCGUUACGCGAACAAGAUAUGGGACUAGGUCGUUUAUCGUCUGGAUUAUCGUCUCCGCCUUUAGCACCACACAACAAUUUAAGAGGUGAUAAUUGCAUUCAGGGAUCUCCAUCUACCGCUGGUCCUGUUAUGUUAUUUGUACUUGCUCAGUUAUUAUUAGGCUGUGGUGGUUCCCCUUUAUUUACCCUCGGCACUACUUACAUAGAUGAUCACGUACGACCAGAAAGUGCUUCUUUGUAUAUCGGUUGUAUGUAUAGUAUGGCAGCUUUUGGGCCGGUUUUAGGUUUUCUUCUUGGAGCUUAUCUGUUAUCGUUUCAUAUGGAUUCAUUUUCUGGAACAAUCAUCAGUAUAGAUCCAGGUGAUCACAGAUGGGUAGGCAUGUGGUGGGGUGGUUUCCUACUCUGUGGUUUACUCCUGAUUCUAGUGGCAAUACCGUUCUUCAGUUUCCCGAAAACUCUGCAACGGGAGAAAGAAAAAAUACGAAUUAUCGAAAAAGCUAAAUCUUCGUCGCAGAAAGAGAAAGAGCAAUGCAAAGAACCGAAAAAGGAGAAACUAAAUGAUAGUGGUUACGGCAAAGAUGUGAAGGAUAUCCCCAGGAGUAUGUGGAGGUUGGUGUGUAACCCAGUGUACGUAGUAACGUGCCUAGGAGCUUGCAUGGAAUUAGUAAUCGUCUCCGGGUUUGUGGUUUUCCUGCCAAAGUAUCUGGAGACACAGUUCAGUUUAGGAAAGAGUCAAGCCAGUGUAUUCACCGGCUCUAUAGCGAUACCGGGUGCCUGCAUCGGAAUCUUUUUUGGCGGAUGUUUGCUCAAACGUUUAGAAUUAAGACCGAAAGGUGCAGUUCAAUUCGUUCUCGUCUCGAACAUGAUAUGCCUGGUGUGCUAUGGUCUCCUCUUCUUCCUCGGUUGCGACAACGUAAAAAUGGCUGGGACCACUAUACCGUACUUUAACAGCAGCACAAAGGGUCCGGAACCCUUUCAAGUAAAUCUCACUGCCGCGUGCAACUUCGGUUGCGAGUGCCGAAUGACAGACGUCGAGCCAGUCUGUGGAAACAACGGUCUCACGUAUUUUAGCCCUUGUCAUGCAGGCUGCACUGCCUUCAGUUCGAAAUCGAACUUUACUAAUUGUGCAUGUAUACACGGAAACUUAACAAUGUUGCCACCGGCAGCUCCAGAAUUUGCGGAAGUAACGGUUGUGCCAGUAGCUACUGCUGGCCCGUGCACUUCACCUUGUAGGACUAUAUUUCCAUUUUUAAUUUUACUUUUUUUUAUGACGUUUAUCGUUGCUAUCACUCAGAUGCCUCUAUUAAUGAUAGUGUUACGAUCAGUCUCAGAGGAGGAAAGAUCGUUCGCUUUAGGCAUGCAAUUUGUCAUUUUUAGACUGUUCGGUUACAUACCUGCUCCUAUUUUAUUUGGUAAUUUAAUUGACUCUACAUGUUUACUUUGGAAAAGCACAUGUGGAGAAAAAGGUGGACGAUGUUUACUUUACGACAUUGAACAGUUCAGAUACAGAUAUGUAGGACUUUGCGCUGGCAUUAAGAUUUUAGCUUUGGCACUGUUCCUCGUUGAUUGGUGGUUAGUUAGAAGGAGAAGGCAAAUGGAAGAUCAAGCACCGUCUUUUACUGUCAACGAAUUCGUAGGGUCAAUUAUCAGCCUUGACAAAUUAUUCGAAGAAAAACCGCAUCUUCACAGUGUCGGAGAUGGAGACGGCACAUCUCCAAAUUCUGAAUUGCCCACGCCGUCGUCAAUAUCGUCGCCUACGGAGCCUACAAAGUCGACGAACCUAGAAGACACCGGCUCGUCGAAUCAGACGCAAGAUUCGACGGAGAUAGGAAGUCGUUCGAAGAACGCAAUGGAUGUCGAUGAUAUCGAUGUUCCCGAUACAAGGCAAGCACCCCUUGCUUUAGAAGAACCGGACACAGAAGUCAAACCGUUGACCGGUAAACCCUCUGACAAGCUUGUACGGAACGUUUAAUGUUUAACUCGUGUUAGAGGCUAUCCAAUUGAAUUAUAUCAAAAAGGUGAUAUUGUGAGUCUGUGGCAAAUUGUUUUGAGAUCGCAGGUAAACGAAUACAGUAUAUAUAGAGUGGAAUAAUAUGUACAACGCAUGUGCAUUAUUAAUUUCUGCAAUCCUAAAAAAGAAACGCUAUUAAUAAUGGUGGAAAGUGGUACGAAUGACUUUAAAUGAAAGAAAGAAACGAUAAUCUCUGUAUACAUAUAUGGUGCUAAUAUACUUUUUUAAAGAGAUCGAAAGACGAAGAAUUACCUUAUAUCGUUCCGUACAUCGUCAGAUACAAAUUUAAAUUGUGUUGAAGAUAUAAGUAAAUUUUACAUACACACACAUACAAGAUACGUUAUAUAUUCUUGAAUACAAGUGAAUCGAAAAUAUUUUUACAGUGGUUAUAUUUGCGUGAAGGAUAUUGUUUAUCGUGCGAAAUAAUUUGCCACAGGUUUGUCUCGAUGGUUUGGCUAUUUUUAGGAACUAAUAUCACUAGAAUGUACAUUUUUACGGUGAUGCGAUAUAUAUGUCAAUAAAUAGGAACGUAAUAGGUGAAAAAAUAUAAUCAGGCUCGUUUCAGACAGACGUAUUGUAUCUUGAUCGAAGAAAGAUUUUCUUUGUCUGAGACGAGUUUCCUUCGCCGUUGGAAAAUGAGCCUUGCGCGAUUUAAGAGAGAGAGAAAAAAAGGAAAAAGAAAAAAAAAUAGGAAAAAAGGAAGAAAGGCCAACAAGGACAAAACUGUAAAUAUAAAAAUUCCUGCCUUAAGAAAUACAAGACUAGACAAACGUAUAUUUAAAGAUAAUUAAUUAAGUGAUAGAGUUAACGAUCUAUAAUAAAUAAUAUCAUUAUAAUUGCAGAUUGAGAGCUGCGAUUUAUUUUAUAACUAGAGAUUAGGCUUUCUCAGAAAUAAAAAAAAAGUAGUCAAUUUAACCUAGCAAUGUAAAGGAAAAAACACGCAAAAAACAAACUAAAUGAACUUAAUAGCGUUGAUCCGUUUAUGAAAUUAGUUUAACUUUGUAGUAGCGUACGUUUUAUUCCUUUUCGUUUCCUUUUGGUUUCUGAAAGAACACUUAUAUUAUCAAUGAAAGAAUCACGCUUUUAACAAAGCGACACGUUGAUCUCUGAUAUGUUUUCUCCUAAGUACUAUGGUAUCAGCGACGCACUAUUUUAAGAGCUUUCAGAAAAAAACGUUAGCAUUAAUUAAACAACAAAAAAGAAGAAAACAAAAUAAAAAAACGGAAGUGUUGAUGCGACUUUUUCGUCGUGACGCAUGCGUUACUUCUUGUGCUAUUCUAUGGAAUGAAAUAUGUAAUGAAUUAUAAAAUGAAUUAUGCUUCCAAGCGAUGAAAGAAAAACAGGAAGCUAUAGAUUUUCGGUCAAAGAAUGCUGGUGUAACAAAAUCGUUGGUCAAUUGGAAUUAACUGUACAACACGUUGAGAGACGUGUCUCGGACAAGUCCUGGCUUAUUACACACAAUUUAGCUCACUCGUUGUUAGAGAGAAGACUACUUGUUGUUUUGUACCUGAAAGCUUCUUGUAUCCAAUUUCAAUGUGACAAAAGAAUGAAGAAAAAAAAAAAAGGAGAAGGAGAAACAAGCGAAAGAAUACAAAAAAGAAAGAAAUAUAUUAAAAAAAACUCACUCAGGAAAAGAAAUUUUAUAGCGCGUUAACUGAAUCGAAGGAAAGCUAUAAAUAAUAAUACAAAUAUGAAAUAUCUAUCAGUGCAAAAUGAACGAAAUCUUAGCCUAAGAAACGAACAAAAAGAGAAUGAUGUAAAGUAACUCGUUUCAGCUCAAUUUCUUUUAGAAGUGAUUAAGGCAAGAUGAAAGAAGACAAUUAAAAAAAAAGAUUCUACAAAAGAAAAAUUUUAACAAAUAAUAAUGAUGAUGUUAUAUAGGGACAACAACGCCAUUUGCAUGAACUAUCAUUUGAAACUGUUCUUUUCUCCUAUCGCUUCGGGUACGAAACCGUUCUACUAAUGCUUCUAUCUAAUUCGAUUAAAAAAUAUUGAAAUAAACGAACGAAGGGUAUAUAGAGUUAAUUUUACACAGUCUCGAAAAAAAAUAAAUAAGUAAAUAAUCUAUUAUGCUGACGUCGUCGUAGCAUUUACUUACGUUAAUGCAGACACACUUACCUAUGUACGAUAUUAUAUCUCGCACGCUGUUUGGCCCAUCACUGUCAAUUUUUCGAAGUGUAGUUACACACGCUACCUAUAUUAUACAUACAUACAUAUAUUAUAUUUUAGAGGCAAUUUUGAUGUUUGCAAAAUGGCGAAUCCGUACGACGAACUUCAUCGUUCGAAACGUUCUCGAGGCCGUGAUGAUCUCUCUCCUAACUACAUUAAUUACUACAAAGCAACUUACGUAUUAAUACUAAUACUAUACCUACUUUGUGAUAUGAAUCUCUCUGUCGAACGAUUGAUUUUGUCGGACGGAUCUCUCGUAUACAUGUGGAUUAUAAACAAAAAGGGAAAAAAGUGCUGUGAAUAGAAAAACACAAAAGAAGACGGACAAGUAGAAGAAGGAAAAGAGAAGAAGAAGCAGAGGAAUAAGAAGAAGGAGAAGAAGAAGAGAAAAACGGAAGAUGUGAGAAUAUGCAGAUUAAAA